UCCCACUUCAAAUCUUAGUGGACUCAGGAAGCAUUGAUACUUUCACAGAGAGUAACUUGUGCUCUUCACCUGCAAAUCAAAAGCCAACCUCCUUGAAACAAGAAAGGAGCUAGCUAGCCUGCCCAUGGCUCAGUCCAUGAUGCUCAUGUCUAGGGUGGCCGGCCAUGUCUUGGAUUUGAAGAGAGAGCCAGUGCUACAGUCCCAAGUUCAGAGGCUCCGGCCCAAGCCAUUCUCUCAUCUUGUGCUCCCUCCACUGUCUACCCGUCCACACAGUACUUCAUCUUCUGCUAGCACAGUCGUUUCUCUCUUCAAGGCAAGAACCAAGGCCGCUCCAGCAAAGGUUGAAAAGCCAAAGGAGAAGGUUGAGGAUGGCAUAUUUGGGACCUCCGGUGGAAUUGGAUUCACAAAACAAAACGAGCUGUUUGUGGGUCGUGUCGCCAUGCUUGGAUUUGCUGCAUCCUUAUUGGGUGAAGGAAUUACAGGCAAGGGAAUUCUAGCACAACUGAAUCUGGAAACUGGAAUUCCCAUUUAUGAAGCUGAGCCUCUGCUUCUGUUUUUCAUCCUCUUUACUCUGCUCGGAGCAAUUGGAGCAUUGGGUGACCGUGGUCGCUUUGUAGAUGACCCUCCCACUGGACUUGAGAGGGCAGUGAUUCCCCCAGGAAAAAGCUUCAGAGCAGCUCUUGGUCUCAAUGAAGGAGGUCCUCUAUUUGGAUUUACAAAGGCCAACGAGCUCUUUGUGGGAAGAUUGGCUCAACUGGGGAUUGCUUUCUCUUUAAUUGGAGAAAUAAUUACAGGAAAGGGAGCUCUAGCACAGCUAAACAUUGAAACUGGGGUCCCCAUCAAUGAACUUGAACCACUACUGUUGUUUAACGUUGCCUUCUUCUUCUUCGCAGCAAUUAAUCCCGGUACUGGUAAAUUUCUGACAGAUGAGGAGGAAGAUGAGUAGGAGAAACUGGGUUAUGAUGCGUAUAAGGCAUUUCUGUACUUCAUUAAUUGUUAAAUGUCAUACAUUUUCAUCUCCUUUCAGCUCUGGUUUCUCAUUUGCUUGCAAGCCCCCACCUGGCUAUAUGUGCAAUAAUGUUUAAAUAUUUGAGUUUUUCAGCAACAAACCCUCAAGCAUUGAAUGCUCGAUGGUUACUUAUUA